UCGCAUUCCCGCUCGGCGUCUGGAGUCUGGGGAGGAGAUUGUUCGACCUCCGGCCGCUUGUGGAGUUGUGGUUACGCUAGCUACUCCGGCUGUCGACCGAGAGGCCAGGAAAAUGCAGACCACCGUGGAGGACCUGCCCGCCGACGUGCUGGCCUGCGCGCUGCGCCGCCUCGACGGCCCGUCCCUGGCCGCCGCGAGCUGCGCCACGGCAGGCCUCCGCGCCCUCGCCGCGGAGCCGGAGACGUGGCGCGCGCUCUGCGUCGCACGGUGGCCGUCGCUGCUGCAGACCCAGCGGCGCGACAUCCUCGGCUCCGCGGCCGUCUCUCCGCAGCGCCUCUUCGCCGACGCCUUCCCCUUCCCGUCCAGUUCCACGGAUGCUGCUUCCGUCACCGCGGCCGAUCAAUGUCUCCCCGUCGAGCUCAUCUCCGCCGUGGACGUGUACCACAAGGGAGCGCCCCUCUUCUCCCGGGUCGUGGAGACCUCCACGUCGUCCUCGUGGUUCCUGACCUCGCCGUUCCGCGUGGACGCCGUCGAGUGCAAGGACCCGGUGCCGGCGGCCUCGUUCUCUCCGUCGGAUUUGGAGCUCAGCUGGAUCGUCGUGGACCCCCGAAGCGGCCGGGCGGUGAACGUGUCGAGCCGGCGGGCGGUGGCCGUGGAUAGACACUGGUACACCGGCGAGACGUUGGUGCGGUUCGCGGUGGUGCUCGGCGGGAGCAAGUUCGAGGGCACAGUCACCUGCUCGGAGGAGGCCGGGUACCUUAGGGAGGUCAGCCUCACCGUCGAGGACGCCGAAAACGCGGCGGUGAGCGGCGAAGGCAGCCUGCGGCUUCUUGCAGCCGCAAUGGAAGGACCGAGGAAAGGAGGGGAGAAGGAAAGAGAAGAGGCCAAGAGGAGGUACGAGGAGUUCGUAAGGAGCAAGAGGGGGAGGAAGGAGUCCAAGGCAAGGCGGGAGGUGCUCGUCGACUUGUGCUGCUCCGCCGUCGGCGCCGUCGCCGUGCUCAGCUUCCUCGCCUCCGUUGUGCUACGGUAGAAUCUACCGUACGGGCGAUCUCAUCCCUCAGUGCAGAGAAAAAAAACAUCAACACACAUUCUUUAUUCUUUUUCGCCGAUGAUUUUUUUUAGGGUAUAUGGACGAACUUUUUUUUUUGCAUGGACGGACAAACGUUUUUGCUCUUCGUACAAACCCGUGGGCCGGAGAGCGGGUUUUCCAGUAUAUACCACUGUAUCGAUAGAGAUACACAAGUUGAUAGAUUGUUUAUUCUUACCAUGCAUUUUUUUGUUUAUUCUUCUAUUCAAUCAGGGGCUGGAUAUUUAUACCUCGUGAAACAUGUACAAUCGUUUUUCCACUGCUUA